UAGGUGCUCGGGGCUCCCACAGCGCAGAGAGCGUGAAGUCUAACGUCUAAAGACACCUUGCAUAGUGUUUCUGAAGGAAGAACUCAGGCUUCCGGAAGUGAUGGCCGGGGAUGGUUGGGGGCAGUGAGAGCGGGUUAAGUGCCGAGUGUGGGUCAAAGGCGGCAGUGCCAGCCAGCUUGUAGUGACCCCAAUGCUUUCCUAACGUUUCUCAGCUUCCAAAGGCCAACAUGGAGCCCUGGUGGCGCAGUGGUUAAGAGCUUGGCUGCUAACCAAAAGGCCAUCGUAUAAAGCUGAUAAAGGCGGAGUAGAUCUGGUCAGUUCCUGGGACGCGGAGUCCGGAGCAAUGCUGCUGAAGACAGUGCCCUUGCUGGCCCUAGUGAGCCAGGUGCUGGUGCUGGAGAACGGGCUUCUGCGGACGCCACCCAUGGGCUGGCUGGCCUGGGAACGCUUCCGCUGCAACAUCAACUGUAAAGAGGACCCGAAGAACUGCAUCAGCGAGCGGCUCUUCAUGGAGAUGGCUGACCGGCUGGCACAGGAUGGGUGGCGGGACCUGGGCUACACGUACCUCAACAUUGAUGACUGCUGGAUUGGCGGACGAGACGACAGCGGCAACCUGGUGCCCGAUCCCAAGCGCUUCCCCAGUGGCAUGGCCUACCUGGCCGACUAUGUUCACUCCCUGGGCCUGAAACUGGGCAUCUAUGCAGACAUGGGCAACUUCACCUGCAUGGGUUAUGCGGGCACCACACUGGACAGGGUGGUCCAGGAUGCGCAAACCUUUGCCAAGUGGAAGGUGGACAUGCUGAAGCUGGACGGCUGUUACUCCACCCGUCUGGAGCGGGCCCACGGGUACCCCAAGAUGGCUGCUGCUCUGAAUGCCACAGGCCGCCCCAUUGCCUUCUCCUGCAGCUGGCCAGCUUAUGAGGGGGGCCUUCCCCCCAGGGUGGACUACACCCUGCUGGCUGAUACCUGCAACCUCUGGCGUAACUACAAUGAUAUCCAGGACUCCUGGAGGAGCGUGCUCUCCAUCCUGGACUGGUUUGUGGAAAACCAGGACACGCUGCAGCCAGUGGCCGGCCCUGGGCACUGGAAUGACCCAGACAUGCUGCUCAUUGGAAACUUCGGCCUCAGCUUUGAGGAAGCCCAGUCCCAGAUGGCCCUGUGGACGGUGCUGGCAGCCCCCCUGUUCAUGUCCACGGACCUGCGGACCAUCUCUGCUAAGGACACGGACAUUCUGCAAAACCCUCUCAUGAUCAAAAUCCACCAAGAUCCCUUAGGCAUCCAGGGACGCAGGAUUCUCAAGGUUCCCACUGUCGUAGGGCAUAAUGGGAGACCUAACACAGACAGGCCACGGUCCAGGCUUCUCUGUCCUCUGAGAGAGUCUCUACAUAGUCGUUCUCACAGUGGCACUGGUGAUGCCUCCCCGUUGCAGGCCCAGAACGUCUACACGGGUGAAAUCAUCAGCGGCCUCCGUGACGACACCAACUUCACAGUGGUCAUCAACCCUUCAGGGGUGGUGAUGUGGUACCUGUAUCCCAUCAAGAACCUCGGGAUGCCCCAGCAGUGAGGAGCUGGCUGUGUGACAGAGGCUGUGGUGGCACCACUGGGCCCAGGCCAUGGAGCCUCAGCGUGGCGAGCGCCAGUGGGCAGGGCUCCUUGCUGCCAGCCGCGCUUGGCGUACUGACCCCAUCAUGCUCAAACUGUAAUCUCAGAGCCAGGUUCCACGCCCUGCCCAAAUGUGGACACAUUUGGGAACUUGUCUCAGGGAAACUUCCUAUAGCCUUCUGGCCCCUACCUCGUCUGGACGACCCCAGAGACGUUGCUGAAUAACUCAGCCAGCCUCUUGAGCCUCCACAGAUAGGUGCUUAUUCCCAGCAGGAGCCCAGCCUCUGACCCUGUCUUUGUUGACUUUGAAAUCAGGACUUGGAACGUUUCUAGUGGAAAUCUGACUUCUGUCAGGGGCCCCCCUGAUUGUGUGAUUGGUUUUCCUACCUGGAGAAGGCCUUGCCAAGUGGUACUGCCUGGGAGUAAGGGUCAGAAAGAGACAUCAGCACCCUCAAGCCACCAAUAAAGCUGUUCUUGAGUCCAGUGGUUGUAAGAUGGACCUGGGGCCUGGCCGUCUCCAGGUGUGGAUUCUGGGUGGUACUGCAGAGGGUGCCGGUUUAAAGGCUGCCUCACGUGGAAGAUAUGUGGUAUCUUCUGGCCCCUCAUUUUCCCAGUGCUGAUUGUUCUUUCUAAAAAUGCCAGGCUUCCUCAUGCCAGGGAGCCAUCUGGCUCUGCCUGGCGCAGUGGUGGUGUGUCAGGGUAGCAGUGUUCCCAGGCCCUCUCUGUCCCAUGCACCCUCCCCAAUUCACAUGCUCCUGGGUCUCCCGGCCACCCCUCCCCCUGCCAGCUGCACAGCGAACGGGCCUGAUCUCCUAAGAACUUCAUGUUACUGUCUUAGGCGUCUUUCAGCUCAUCUGUCCUUUUCUGAGGUGUCCCUAGGU